UAUAAACUUUAGCUUUACAUGCAGGUGCCCUUACUGAGCACACUGCUUCUUGUUUCUAAGGCCUUCCUGCUUCACAAGAAAUAUCUCUUGCAGAGAUCAAAGCAGAAAAUAUUUCCAGGAAAAUGUGAACAGGAGAAGAAUUUUGUAAAAGUUAACGAUGCACGCCAAAUGAUAGGAAAUUAGGCCAGGUGAAAAAAGGAUGAAAGUUUAUUAUCAAUGAGUAAGACACCAUCAUAUUAUGACUCCUCCUAUUUUGUGCAUCAAAGAUACGAAGAUACAUCGCUGAUGAUAUUUCAACAGCAACAACGAAAAAAGCGUGAUUCUCAACUGGAACUAAAGAGACGUAGUUUUACAGAUCACUCUGCUUCAGGUGGCCAAGGCCAAGCACAUGUUGAUUUCAGUCACUAUGGGAACUCUGGAGUGGUUGCUAAGAAAAAAACUAUACAGAAUUUGAAAACUGAUACAACCAUUGUCCAAUCAACCAUAUGUAGUAUAGUUUGAUGUAAUUUCUGCCUAGCUGUAUAUAUAUUUUUAGCUUUGCUAUCAUUAAUUUCAAACAUUUAUCAUUUCUGUACUAACUUUAAUAGUGGUCAGUCCUUUGCUUGAACUGCAUGCUCAAGUUUUGAUAUUGUCUCAUCAAGGAAUCUCUUAGCUCAGUGUAUCAAAUUUCUAUUUGAACAAAAAAAAACUCAAACAUCGAAUCAAAUCUACCAUGGAGCUUCACCCAUUUUUAGAACCAGAUACAAUUCCAAAUCAUGACCUAUGGUAUGUUUUGUCUACCUUUGGAGAUUGUCCAUCAAUACGUGUUGGACACACUUGCACCUUUAUCAAAGGAAAUGGUCAGGAUGACAAUGGAAAACUUUAUGUCAUAGGUGGCGCUAAUCCCAGCGGAGCAUUCUGUGAUACAUUUGUACUUGAUCUCAACACAAUGCAGUGGGAUAUAAUGGAUUUACCUGGAUUCAGGGCAAGGUAUGAACAUGCAGCAUUUAUUCCGCCGAGUAGUCCAGAAAAAAUAUUUAUUUUUGGUGGUGCUGAUAAUACUGGCAAUAUGAAUGAUGUUCAGAUUUUUGACACUGUAAAAAACACAUGGUCCACUGCCGAAGUAUCUGGGAACCCUCCAACUCCACGAACAUUUCAUACAAAUUCACUCGUUGGUGAUAAAUUUGUUGUGUAUAGUGGAGGACAUUCGCAAGCAGAACCAGUUCAAGAUCGACAAGUUCAUUUCUUCGAUACAACAUCCUUAACCUGGUCCACUAAGAUCAUAAAAGGAGAUGCACCCAAGUCAAGACAUGGUCAUGUGAUGGUUGGUGUUGGCGAUAACCAGAUUUAUUUACACGGAGGAAUGGCACGAUCUUCUUUCUUUGAUGACUUCCAUUGUUUAGACCUGACCAAAAAUUCUUGGUCCCAUAUUAAAAAUAAAAAAGUAUACCCUACAGCAAGAGCUGGACACAGUGGAACCUCUGUUGGUAACAUGUUGUUUAUUUGUGGUGGAAUGAACAGAGAUGGUGCUUUAGAUGAUCUGUACAGAUUUGAUACAAGCUGUAAAACUUGGUGUAAGAUAGAACUAGCUGGACCAACACCAACAUGUCGUCUUGACUUUGGUAUGUGUACUAUAGAACUAUCAAGAGAUCUUCCAUCAACUACGAAUGAAAAUACAGAUGUUUUGGAGACUUCAAAACAUGCACAAGAAAUGCUAGAACUUGCAAUGAAGCCUGGAAGUGCUAGUUCUAGAAGCAGUAGUACCAUUGGCAGUGCAAGUUCAAAAGAUCGACAGUUACCAGAAAGUGCCAGUUCUAGACCAGGAAGUCGACAAGUUGGCAGUGCUGGCUCCAGAGAAAGCUAUCAUGAAUAUAAUUAUGAAAGUUCCAGUACAGGCAAUGAUAUACAAACUCUUGAGGAAGGAGAAAAUCUCUCUGACGAGGAAGAAACUCCUAGAGCUGAAGGUGCUACUUCAAGUGUAUUUAAUGACUUCAUUAAACCUAAACAUACAAUGAAGAUGGUGCUUAUACAUGGUGGGAUGGAUACAGAAGGAGAAAUCUUUGAUGAUACACUUGUGUAUUUGGUGGAAUGAUACUUUUGUCUAAUGAGCAAUAUGAACAACUAAGUUUUAUGACAUGAGUGUUUGAUUAGUAGAGAUAUGUAAUGUAUUGUGAAGAAUGAUGUAUAUUUUUUUUAAUUUCUGAAUUUAUAGAAAUUUAAGAACAAUUGCAUGUAAGACAAAUGUGUCAAAUGAGCAGAUCCAGGACAAAUAUUUAUUUUACUUUGUAAUUCCUCACCUGGCCCAUAUAUACAGCCAACUGAGUCAUUCUCAUCAAUCGGCAUCCAUUGUAUUUGUGAUCUUUUUUUUUCUUUUUUUUUUAUUAUCUUUUUUGGAACUAAUGGGUGAAAUUUAACCACAGUUGGCCACAAACAUCAUUGGGGUACAAAUAUGAUGGAUGCAUCUUGUUAAUUUUUUUUUAUUAACAAUACAAGAUGACAGAAGAACAAAUUUCAGCCUAGAAUCAAUUUAAAGUCUUCAAUGUUGGAGAGUGGCAAUUGUUAAAGUUGUGCUUGGAUCUAAAUGAAUGACACAGGCUCUUUUGUAAUUUGAUUUCGAAAUCAAAAUGACCUUGUCAUAGUUUUAAGUAGAGCCUUACCUUAAAUUUGAAACUGACUAUCAACAAAUAUGUUGUAUAAAUUAUUUAAAUAGAAUUAAAAAAGGAUCAAGGAUUCUAAGGAUUAUAUUGAAUCUAAUGUUAAUGAUCAAAAUCAGGUACCAAAUUCUUUAUAUAGAUUAGUACGGCCAAAUCUCAGCUUUUUUCCAAAAAAUCUGCUUGGGUUCUGGAUAUGCAUAUUAAUUAGCUAAGAAUUUUUUUUAUAUCAUUUUCAUAAGGUUAAAUCCUAUUGUGACACUGCUGUCAAGAAUAUAACCUGUAAUAGAAAAAAGUGCUUUUUACAUUUGCUCAAAGAAUUAACUAGUCAAUUUUUCUAGGUUUAAAUUUUUGCCAACUGAAAGUUUUUCAAAGACAUAAAUAACUCUGCAAGGACUCUUGGUAUCAAAUUAUUGCAAUUUUAUUUGCACCUUCAAAACUUGACCACAUGACAUAUAAUCUAAUUAGUGAUAAAUGAUUUAUUUUGGAUAAAACAUGUAUUGGUAUCUAUAAAAUAUGAUAUAGAAAAUAAUUCAGAAACAUUGUAAUUACUGACAGAUUAAUUACACAUUUUUUUUAAAUCAUAGAUAAAUCAUAAUUAUCGAAUGUAUGGUGUAAAAAGUUGUCUUGUGUCAAAACCAGUUUUUGUAAGUGUAGCUUGGUCUUUCAAUUUGAUGUUUUUAACCAUUGAGAUUUAGAAUGUAUGACUAUUUUGAUGCAACAUGUGUUCUGCCUGUAAUUUAACUUUAUCUGCAUGUGUCUCAAGAAUAUUCAUCAGAUCUGUAGUAAAAUUAUACUAGUUUUAAACCAUUAAAAGUAACAAGAAAUGA